AUCCCGAUAAGUGUCGUUCGAGUCCGACUUCGCCAGGACUUCACCAAGUUCGUGGUGAUUAUCAUUGCCCAAUUAGGAAUACCUGGGACAAUAAAGUCCUGUCUAGCGCCGGGCAGUGCAGUGACACGAGCUUCUUGCAUUGUUAAAUAUCUUUCUUCUCCGUUCCCUCAUCCAGAUUUUGUCACCGUCGUGUCCUUUCGAUCUCCAUGGCCAAAAUAUAUUUUAAGGACGCUAUUUUCCAUGGAAAAACAUUCUGUUGUUGUCUUCCCGUUCGUUUUGGCGUUAUUUCCAUGUCUUUUCUCGGUAUCUUGUUUGGAGGGUUGUUGUCUAUAUUGCUUUGGUUUGAGGUGUCUGACACGUCAAGCUCCAUGGAUCCUCAUGAAAGGACGGCUUUCAUUUUGGCUGGUCUUGUCGAGACAUUGCUGUUCAUCGCGUCGGUUGUUGGAUUUAUCGGGGCGAUUGUUCGAAAACAGGUUUUCAUUCUCAUCUACACCUACUUCAUAUACGUUCAUUUCGUCGUCAAUGUCGCUGUCGCUGGCUUCUUCCUCUACGUCGUCUUGCACUUUUCUUCGACUGCUAUAGCUAAAGCUUGUGAUGAUACGGUUAAAAACGCUGGUGCACAAGCUCAAUGUACCGGGAUCUUUUCGGACUUCAAGACUAUAUACAUCGUCGUUGCUUUGCUCGUGUUGUUUAUAGAACUUUACGGCGCGCUCAUUGUCACGCGCUACGUUCAUCAGAUCAAGACUGAAAAGUCGACUGCGCGGACAUCUCGCAUGGUUCUCCUUGACCGAGCAGGCAGAUCUAGCGGUGGUCGAAGUCCAAUGAUGCCCAGCUUUGAUAGGGGACGAUACUCGGCGUUAUCUGAAGACCAAGGAGAUGACAUUUCUUUGAUGCCAAAAAACCUUGUGUAUAAUACGACGCCGUCGACUGCAGAAUUCAACCCGUACGAGGAUACAGAACAUCCACGAUACCCCUCUUACCAAGCCGGACCCUCUUCUUAUGCUGCCCAUGAUGAAGCCCCCGCUAUCGAAGAGGGAUACGGCGGAGGCUCCUGGACUCAUGAACAAAUUUCGCAAGACGAGAAAUCACUCUUACGUCAACAUGAGCAGGAUGAUGAUGCUCUUCCCUCUCCUAGUCGCAAUUUCAAUGAACAAAACCGAGAUAUCAAAACAGCUGCAGGUCCUCCCACUUCUCAUGAAAUUGACCCGCUUCCGCGGUAUGCUCUCACUGAAUCGCCAGAACUCCGAUGAUCAGAAUGGAACUAUACAUAAAUCUAGAAAAUAUUUUUUGACGUUUGGACUUUUGGAUAUUCAUUUGUAAUAAUGUAUCAUGUUGCUUGUAUGUACAUAGGUGUACCGCGGAUUCAUGUUGAAUAUAGUAGAGGAGGAGAACCCUAUGGAGAACCGGGUCGGGUGAGGGUAGGUGGCGUUUGCCUAGCAAUUGCUC